GAGACCUGGCAAGCGCGGGCGGCCCCUAGCGGCCUCACCUCCUGAGCCGCAUGAAGAGGCGGCGGCGCAGGCCUAGGGAGGCCCUGGCCCAGGCCGCCCGGGGAGGAGCUUCUAGCGCUCCAGGAGGGGCCGCGCUGGAGGCGCCUGAGGAGAAGGUGGUUCUGGACCCCCGGCACCAGCCCCCCGAGGCCCGCCUCCAGACGCGCCAGCGAGCUGCCAGGAGGAGGCGCCACGGAGCCCGGAAGGUCGCCGCCGGCCAGAGGAAGGUGCCGCCACCGCCUUCGCCGUCCCGCGAGGACAGCAGCCCCAGCAAGCCCACGGCCCCCGGGCCCAGCUCCGGGGGCCGCACCCUGGAGGAGAGUGGGAGGGCAGCCACCCCAACGCUGACCACCUCGCCCAGCAUCCGCGUAGUCGGCAACGUGUGGGUCGAGAGCAGCGUGGCAGAAGCGCGGCGCCAAGCGCGCCAAGUCCUGGGAGUGAACCUGGAACCCGUGGUGAGACUCCGCCGCGUCCCAGUGCCUGGGCGUGAGAUGAGGGCCACAGCCGCGCGACCUCCCAGCCCCGGGACCGGUUGUGCCUGGAGGGAUGAACCAGAGAGAGCCGGGCCCGCAUACCCUAGUGCACUUUACCGGCGAAGAAGCACCAGACGGUCCCGGCCCGCGCCUCCGGGAUGCGGCGCCGCCUUCUGGGACUCCGGGGCAGCUGUGCCCUCUGCUGCCUCCCAGCACCGGGUCUGCGGAGGGAGGCGACCUCUGGACUGCAAGGGAGGUCCCAUUUCUUCCUAACCCCAGACUGAGAGGUCUCCAGGACUGUAGGGGCAGAUCCAUGAUCUCUCUUGUUCCCUCAUUGCUCUGAAGUCGUCUGAAGAAGCCAUUCCACCCCCACCAUCUCCAAAGGAAUUUGGUUCCAUGCUUGUGUAAUAAAGCUAGAGU